UUUGGGUAUUUGUGGUGUUGUGGAGACUACAUUACAGGGUUAAUUCGUCUUGUGCCAUUAAAAUAUGAAGAAUGUGAAAUUUUAAUGCAAAAGAAGAUAAAUCUUCUAGUACCAGAUAACAACAUAAAAUCACCAUGCCACAGAACGAGUAUAUUGAACGUCACCGCAAGCUGUAUGGCUAUCGGUUGGAUUACCAUGAACGCAAAAGAAAGAAGGAAGCCCGUGAGCCUCAUAAACGGGCUGAAAGGGCUAAGAAACUUAGAGGGUUGAAAGCCAAAAUGUUCAACAAGCAACGUCGAUCAGAGAAGAUUCAGAUGAAGAAGAAAAUCAAAAUGCAUGAAGAAAAACAAGUGAAGAACAAAAAUGAAAAAGUAGCUGAAGGAGCAUUACCUGUUUAUCUAUUAGAUCGAGAUGUCCAGUCUCGUGCCAAGGUACUUUCCAACAUGAUAAAACAGAAGAGAAAGGAGAAAGCUGGAAAGUGGGAUGUCCCUAUUCCAAAAGUUAAAGCACAGGCUGAUUCUGAAGUUUUCAGGAUUCUUCGAACCGGAAAGUCCCGACGCAAAGCUUGGAAGAGAAUGGUAACGAAAGUAACAUUUGUUGGUGAAGGCUUUACACGUAAACCACCAAAGUUUGAACGAUUCAUCCGGCCAAUGGCAUUGAGAUUUAAGAAGGCUCAUGUUACCCACCCAGAGCUUAAAGCAACUUUUUGCUUGCCAAUUAUUGGAGUUAAGAAAAACCCUAGCUCUGCAAUGUAUACAUCUCUUGGGGUGAUCACUAAAGGUACAAUUAUUGAAGUGAAUAUCAGUGAACUGGGUCUUGUCACACAAGCAGGUAAAGUGGUGUGGGGAAAGUAUGCGCAGGUUACCAACAAUCCAGAAAAUGAUGGCUGUAUUAAUGCAGUAUUACUUGUGUGAUGUUAUUGACUGUCUUCAAGAUUUUAUUUUGCAUUUCACAUAUGUUAAUUACUAUUUGUAUGCAAAACUAAGGUAAAAAUAAAAUUGAAGUAUAGGCAGUUUG